GCGUGACGCGGCCGUGACGUAGAUGCAGCCGGGGAUCUUUUUAAUCCUCUGCCGCAGCAGCCGCAGCCGGUAACCAGAGGAGGGGGAGCACGGUCUGACGGGAAUGGACCGCACAGGCUCGGGCUAGUCUGCACUGAAGGCCGAAAUAUAUCUAACGGUAAUAUCAGCGAGGGAAACGGAGAAGACUGGAACGAGCUGGCUGUUCGCGAAGGCCAGACCCCCUCCUCCUCCUCCUCCUCCUCCUGCUCCUCCUGCUCUCUGUCUGCAGCCUGUCCCCGGUCCACAGAUGAAACGGACCUCGUUUAGAAACACUGUUUGAAAUAUAUAUCUUCAAACGCAUGUGUAGGACUCGUUAAAAAAGCCGAUCUCUAGCCGGCUGACGGAUACUUCACGCCUCGUCCCCGGUUCGCCCUUCAGCGACGUCGCCGCGCGUCCCCGCUGUUCCCGUCAGUUGCUGCGCAUCAGCAAAACAUGCAGGAUGAGCCUUUGGGGGUGACAACCACGCAAACGCCCCCAUCGACCGAGGAGAAGGACAGCAACGAAUCCGGGAAGCGACCGAACCGAACCGACAGCUCGUUCACGCCGGAUUACAACCAGAGGAACGCGUUCACCGAUUGCGCACGAGAUCGUUUCUGCGCUGCGCAGUCCGUUCGUGACCUUCAGCCUCACAGCCGGAAAACACAUCAGCAGUCAAGUCGGCACACCGAGUUCAGCCCCGCAGAGUCGCCCCCACCCCAGGGACGUGUCAGUCACCUGCCGCAGAGGCGGCCCGAGCUCCGCGGCUCUCCAGUAGAACCGGCCCAAGCCGAUGCUGCGUCGCCAUCGCCCACUUCUGUGAAUCCAAACGCGAUCCAAAUGGACUCUCCCAUCGCCCACCAAAUAAAUAUCGGCAAUGGCAGCAGCGGCGGCACCGGCAACAUGUUGUCCGGAAGUCUCAGCGCCGCUUUCCCGAACCUCCCCGCCCAGGAGAUGCAGAGCGCCGGCUCGUCGCCCGGGUUCGGCACGCCGUGGUCCGUCCAGACCAGCUCCUCGCCCCCACCCGCACCCAACUCCAUCAACCACCACCCCAUCCACGCGAACGCCAUCAACCAGAUGCCCAACGCGGACCCCGACAACAGCUUCUAUCCGGGCAUCCCCUCCUCCAUCAACCCGGCCUUCUUCCAGAGUUUUUCGCCGGUGUCGGCUAAUCCGUGCGCCGGGAUUAAUGUACAGGGCUUCAACGGUCCCUUCUCGCCCCAGAUGAACGUCCCCCAGCAGGCGCAGAGUCGCAGGUCCCCGGUCAGUCCCCAGAUGCAUCCCCAGCAGGGCGCCUUCCUGCAGCAGAGGAACAACUACAACCAACAUCAGCCCGUGGUGAAGCAGUCUCCCUGGGGCAGUCACCAGGGGAACGGCUGGGGCUCCGGAGGGAUGUCCUGGGGCCGGGACCACCGCAGAGGGAGCAGCAUGGGCGGACCCGGCUCGGGCGGUCAUCACGUCUCGCCCCUGAAGAAGCCCUUCUCCAGCAACAUCAUCGCGCCGCCCAAGUUCCCACGCUCCGCCGGAUCACUGGGGCCUAAGUCCUGGAUUGAGGAGAACGUGUUUCGCACAGACAGCAACAGCAACACCUUGUUGCCCCUGCAGGAGCGCACCAGGAUGUACGACAGUCUGAACAUGCACUCUCUGGAGAGCUCGCUGAUCGACAUCAUGCGAGCCGAGCAGGAUCCGAUGAAAGGUGAGGUCGCCUUUUCCCUUUGCUCUCUAUGUUUGGGGGGGUGAGGACGCCUGACAUCAGGUGCAGGGGAAGUGACGGGCCCGUCGCUAACGGAGCCGUGUUGUUUUUACCACGCUCCGGCUUAUUGUCUCCCCCGCUGAGUGCUUAAUACUUAAUACAUUUACAUGACCUUCAGCUCUGAUCCUGCUGCUACUUAAGCUGAGCGGCACACAGAGCCGAGGAGGAGAGGAGGAGGGAUGUGAUUGGUGGAUAUCUCUCAUAGAGCGGCGUGGUCCCUCUCCUCCCGGUGGACCACCGUGGGACCGUAUUUCAAAAACAAGAUGUACGGUAGUCAACGGAGAGAGACAGAUAUUUUAUUGAUCCCGUUAGAGUUGUGCCACGAAUUACACGUAUGAUGUUCAUCAAUUUAAAAAAGUAAUUUAGCAAAUCAAGAAAGUCUCAUUUUGCCAUAAAACUUUUGAAGAAAGAAAGAAAAUACAUUAUUAUAAAGACGACACACUCUAAAGUGUCGUUAAGUGACAUCUCUCUCUACGAUGUCGGAGUGUUUAGUACCAGGAUGUUCUCACUCGUUCUGUCUCUUCCUGUCUGAUAAAAACCGCAGACUGUCUAUAAGAAGUGGACGUAGUCAUCGUGGCGUCACUC